AUGGCUAUAACAUCGUAUGAUAUAACUUGUGAAAAAAAAAAAUUUAAGAAAUAUGAAACUAGAUCUCCUUAUCUUAAUAACGAGAAUAAAGUGCAACUACUCUCGCGAGUGAGUGAGAAAAGAUCUGUUAAAAAGAAAACUUUGGAUUAUGUUUCGUCGUUUCCGCUUGCUGCUAAUAUUUAUAAAGCCAAUUCAGAUGAAUUUAAAUUAAAACGAGGUAACAGAAAAAUAAAAAAGUCUGUAUUAACUCUUCCUAAUCAACCCACUCCCUCACCCCAAAUAUGUACAGUGAGCGAUAUGAACGAUUCGGAAUAUUGUAGUCAAAGUAAUGGUAACAAUAAUAAACCAAGAAUUAAAAAGCGUUCAGGAAUCAAAAAUGUUCGAAAGUCUCGAGUUAAAAACAAAGAAUUCGGAUUCUACGACGGAGACGAACGGUUUUGUUCACAAUUCGAUGUUAAUUUAGACAGUAGUUCCACGGAGAUGAUGAAAAAUUUUAAAGGUGAUUGUAGAAGGAGUUCUAAUAUCGUGAUGCAAAAACGAUCGAAAGCUUUAUGUUUACCGAAAGAUAUUGACAUGAAACCUCAUGAUGUAUGGGCGGUGCUAAGAAAUUUGAACAGAUUUCCGUUUCGUCCCUCACCGCCUAUGUCUGAAGAGAGUAUCAUAGGCACCAAAAAGAAGAAAGCUCAAAACAAGCGUAUCAAUAAAGACACACGUGUUUUCGAGACUAAAGAAUUCGCCUACAUAUCAAGUUACAAGGUUGAUAACAAUUCACAAAGCAUGUCACAGUCUUCCAGUUUUGACAGAGUAACUGUUAUUGACAAACAAGACCAAUUUAGCAACAUGUGUCAACAUUUUGAAGACACAUUUCUUGAAACACGCACUUCAAAAGAUGUCAGUAAAAAUCGUCUUAACAUCAAGAAUAAAUUGAAAAAGAGAUUUACUAAAAAAAAAUCCUUGUGUCCUGCUGUACCAAAUGCAAAUAAUUUAGAAUGUGUGCCAAAAAUACCUAAUGCUUUAAUCUUGGUAUCUGAAAACGAUCAAGAAUACGAUAAGAACACCAGCAGUAGUAUUGAGGAUGAUGUGAAUUCAUCUCUGACGAAUAUAGAUAAUCGAAACCAAUCCACAGUAGAAUGUAGUCUAGUUCCAGCUAAAGAAAGCUUUGUUAUCUCAGAUAAUUCCGGAUCAAGUAAGGCAGAACUCUCAAUAUCCGACAUAAGUAAAAUGAAAGGGAAAAUUAUAUGUAAUCGUGCACCUCAAGUGAAAGAGAUAUCAAGAGUAAAUUUUGGUAAGACAUGCGAAUCAUUAAGUCAAGUGUCAAAUAUACGAUCUGAUUUACAACAAAGGAAACCUCGUUUAGUCACCACAAUGCCAAGUGCGUGUAUGAUGCCGAAGUUAACACAUACUGAUAUUAAGAAGAGAAUAGCUGCUUUACGAUUCCCAGUUGUUAUUUUAGGCAGAGAGCAGAUUAGUUCCUCUGUAGAAGUAAAUGAUUACGAUCCUCCUCAAUUUAACGGCCUAGACGAACACAUAUGGCCGUAUAUGGUGAACUGGCAUCAUAAAGACCAAAAUGAAAAUAAAGGUAUAAUGGCUAAAGAAGUUGAAGUAUCGGAUUAUGUUGGCCAAAAAAACAGGAAAAGUGAUAUUUGUCAUCCAAACAAAGCAACGAUGGGAAAUAAUGAAAUUGUUAUGAAUAAUAAGCCCAAAUAUUCCAAUAACGGUGUUCUUACAAAAUAUAAAAAUGAAACAAAAAAAAUACCGCCGUGUACAGAAACAAAUACUAAACGACAACAGAAUAAGAACCAAGAAUCAAUCACACUGUUAAAGGAUAAAAUGUUGAAUUUUUUGUUUCAAAAAAAAACUGGGAAUGUCGUUACUGAAAACUGCAAUAACAUAAAGCUACUUAUUAAUAAUAAGCCUGUAGAGCAACUUGAGCAACAGAUUAUCAGUAAAUCUGUGAGAAAAUUCGACGCUUAUACUGAAACUGAAAUAAAAAAAACUAUGCCACAUAAAUAUUAUGAAGGCCAAUGUGUCACCAGGGAGCGUAAAUCCCGAGUUAAGUUCCUACAAACGAAAACACAUCAAACUGGUUUUGAAUACCCCUGGGCCAAAGCGAAGAGAGUGAAUGAUUUCAUAGAAAGUGUGAUUAGGAAAAUUAGAACUGGGGUUUAUUACAGUAAAGACCUAAAAUAUGUAAAUCCAAAUUCAGACUCUAACCGUGCCACAGAUAUGGCUAUGCAAACAGACCAUGAAGACCUUGAUCACAUAGACAUUUCACCUAAAGUAACAGUUAUGAAAAAACCAACCUAUAAAUCGAUACCGGGAUUCGAUUCUUCCCUGCCAGGAUUGGAAAUCAAAACUCUAAAUAUGAAUCAAAUAGCUGUGAAACAUUGUGUGACAAAUAUUAUGGUGCAAUUUGAUGUAACAGAUAACAUUAGUACUGCGGUGAACUCUAAGGCACUACCUAUAAUGCCUGUCGAUGUAACCGAGAGUCAUACAAGAAUAUUUAAAUGUAAGACGACCAUCGUGAAUGCUAUGUUACCUGCAGAAUUGUGCAGCAUUUUGCCUAAAUUGAUGAAGCUUAUUGAUUCUGACGUAAAAUCUGUACGUCCAGCAUUCGGUCCAGCUUUAAUCAAUAAAAACCAGUCGCAUUUAUCGCCGAUCAGUGAAUUGUCGACACGUCCUUGUUGUGAAAGCAAUACCGUCCCUAUUAUUACCACAAAGCCUCUUCAAAUUACCGUUUCCCCAUUACACCAUUUAGCACAUGCCGUAAAACCCUAUAUAAGUGGCAUGUUCUCAAGCAGAAACGGAAUCACCAAAGGUACAAAAAAACUCAACCCCGUUGUUAAAUACAAUCCUGCUUUGCUAAGAGAAACGUUACCGAAAAGUUACACCAUAAUAGAUAUACUAACAUACGGAAUUAGACUACCACUUUUCAAAGAAGUAAAUAUUGAAAAUCAAUCGAAAAGAGAAUUACCCGUUGGGUUACAAAAGCAGUGUCCUACUUGCACUGCUUUAGAUCUCUACACGACGAAUAAUAAAAGGCUAGUUCCAGCUUUCAAACCUUUUAAAUUUGAAGAUGCUAUUACAGAAAUUUUAAUUAAAAUACAAGUUUCCAGAUUAAACGUUAGUACAUAUAUACCGAAAGCUCUAUCCUUUAGCAAAAUUAGAUACUUGAAUAUUACAUCACUAAAUAAUAACGGAUCAAAUUCAAAUGUGAGUGUAAUUACAAAUAACUUAAAUAUGAAUAACCUUUUUUCUCAAGAUAAGAAAUAUGUGUUAGUUCAAAAUGAUACUUCUGAAAAACGCUUGGAGUAUAUCAAACCGUCCACAAAAUAUGGUUCUAAAAUUAAAGAUCUAAAAUCUGUAACGGAGUUAAAAGUUAAUAUUAAAAACAAACGCAAAGGAUUUUAUAGAUUGUAUAGAAAAUGUAAGUCAGCAACUAUAAUUCCAACUGAAAAAUAUGUUAGCACACCACUACACAAAAUUCAGAAUCUGGACGAUUUUUUCCAAGUACUUGGUUCAAAAAAGAUACUGGCUAGCGUAUUUGACGGCAAUGCUGAAAAGAAAAUAUUAUCGUCUGUUGUCGAGAUGAAGAACUGGAUGACAGAUAUAAACCCAAAACAGGCACUUCUGUUACUCUUGCUAAUGAAUAAGAAAGAUACACCAAAUUUAGUACGCUUCAGACCAAUUUUACUUCAGGCUAUUGCAGUAAAUAGAAUCACUCGAGCUACAGAAUUGGACAUGGAAAUUGAAGUCAUAGAAAGAGAAAAUUUUAAUAAAUUUAGAGAGUAUGAAGGAAUUUCGUAUUUGCCGGAGUCUGUAGAGAAUCAUGAUCACCUUUUAGAAGAAUUGUACUGGAUUGCUAAAACUACUGCAUCUGAUUAUCAAAAGCCCUUUGAUGAAUCAUCAGAAAGACUUUUGAAGUCUCUGUUAGAGAAGCGGAAGAAACUCAAUCCUUCGUAUUUACGUGUAAUGGCACGUUAUGUUGGGUUAGGGCUACUGAAACAGUCCACAAAAAAAUGA